AUGAGCAUGUUUCAGCAGAAAAAGCCGUAUUCGGCAGUCACUGUGACAAUUGAGAAUCUCACUGCCGAGUCUUACGAGGAGGAGGACUUUAGUGGUAUACCAGAGCUCGUCGAGGUGAUCAAGCUCCAGUCCACCGGCCCCUCCGAGGCUGCUCGCGCGAUACGAAAGAAGCUCAAGUACGGAAGCGUGCAUCGCCAAAUUCGCGCCCUCGUCAUUCUUGACGGACUCAUCCAGAACGCGGGCCCACGGUUCCAGCGCGCCUUUGCUGACGAGCCGCUCCUCGAGCGUCUUCGCGUCUGUGGUACAUCGGAUCUCUCCGAUCCAGACGUGCGGAAAAAGUGCCGCGAGCUGUUCAGGGAAUGGUCCGCGUUCAAAGACACUCCUGGUCUCCAGAAGAUUGCUGCGCUCCAUAGGGAACUACCCAAGAAGAAGGCUGCGGUGACCCAGGAGCGCUCCAAGGUCAUCCGUGAGACGGAGGCGAACCCUUUCGGUGAUGAAGAGGAAGAGGCGGCACGCGAAGCCGCCCAGCAGAAAGCUUCUGCCAGUGGUCCUUCGCACAAGCCCACGUCGAGCACGGCCUCUGCCGCAGCGAUGCAGAAGGCCGGCGCUGGAUCGUCCUUCUUCAGCUCGUCAAAGGACAAGAAGAAGGACAAGUCCAAGGGAAAGAGGAAGCCUUUCAAUCUCGAGGCCGAGAAGCCCCAGAUGAAAGCCGUCAUUGCCGAUGCCUCCAUCUCCUCGACAAAUCUUCUCAAUACCCUCCAGACGAUCAAUCGCGAGACGGAGCGAAUAUCAGACAAUCCCUCCGCGGUGGAAAAGUUUGAGGCCUGCAAGCAACUGCGCCGACGCGUUCUGCGAUAUAUUCAUCAUGUCGAGGAUGAGCAUUUCCUUGGCAGCUUGCUGAACGCCAACGAUGCCCUGGUGCACGCGCUCAUGUCCUUUGAGCAGAUGGACAACGCGAUCGACGCCGAUAGCGAUUCGGAUGACGAGCUCGCCGAGCAGGCACAUCUGUAUCGAAUGGCGACCAUGAACAGGAAAGAAGAUUCGGGUUCUCCUACUUCAGCCCAGCCUCCUGACCUAGGAAAUCUAUCAAUCGCACCCAGUGCGCACGCCCCGCCCGUGCCUUCGACGUCGACGAAGCCGAACGCGCUACCGCCGCCCAAGCCGCCUCGCCCUGCAGCGGUGCCCGAUGCGGACUCGGAACCUGAGGAUGAGAACGAGGAUGAGAAUGACCCCUUUGGAGAUAGGAAUGUCGUGGAGACUCCUGCCUUUGAAAAGGGUGAGCCUAGAUGGUGA